GGAGUUUCGCAGGCAGUUCGAGCAGGCAACGGCCAGUGAGCAGUGUUCGGUUAAUUCUUAACCCCUUUCGAAAGUAAACCAGAGCGAAAUGUUGAAAAUGCAAAGCGUGCUAAGCAGCACUUUGGCUGUCCUACUACUGGCGCAACUACUGAUCCGCGCAAAGGCAUUGGAUAUCAACUCGCCCGAAAUCCACGCGCCUUUCAUCGUGAAUAAGCUGCAGCGAGACAAUCUGAAUGGCAUGGGCAGUGGCAUGGCACUGAAUAAUCGUAUGGUGCCGGCAGCUGAACUGAAUGCCCAAUUCUGGCGCGAUCAAGCGAAGGACGAGUUACAAAAGCGCCUGGAUAGAGAGCUGAAUAAGAAUAAAGCGAAAAAUGUUAUCUUCUUUCUCGGCGAUGGCAUGCCAUUGACUACCAUUACGGCGGCGAGAAUCCUUCAGGGGCAGCGGCUGGGCUUUACAGGCGAGGAGCAGCUAUUGUCAUUCGAAAAGUUCCCCUACACCGGACUAAGCAGAACCUACUGCACGAAUGCUCAAGUGGCUGACUCGGCAUGCACCUCCACCGCAUACCAGUGCGGCGUGAAAGCGAACACGCUUACACUUGGCGUGAACGCCAGAGUGAAUUUCAAUAACUGUUCAGCCAGCAUGGAUACCAACAAUCAUGUAUCCUCGCUGUAUAGUUGGGCUCAAGCAGCUGGCAAAUCGACGGGCUUCAUCACCACCACCUCGCUUACGCACGCCAGCCCAUCGGGUGGUUAUGCGCACGUCGCUAACCGUUUCUGGGAAUGUGAUGCAGAUGUGCUCGCAUUUGGCGUAGAUCCAACCACAUGUAUGGACAUGGCGCAACAGUUAAUCACAAAGCUACCAGGUAAAAAGUUGGAUGUUCUAAUGGGUGGCGGCAUGGGCAAGUUUCUACCGAAUACGAUCACGGACCCAUUUGGCAAUCCGGGUGAACGGUUGGAUGGCAAAAACUUGCUUACACGCUGGCAAAAUAUACACCCUAAAGGUAUAAUUGUGAAAAAUCGCGAUGAGUUGCUGCGUCUCAAUAUCACACAAGUGUCCAAUAUUAUGGGGCUCUACCAAUCCAAAUUGAUGCAGUACCAUUUGCAUGCGAACGAUGAGCAGCCGACGCUGGCCGAAAUGACUGGAGUGGCGUUGGCAUUCCUUAAUCAGAAUACAAAUGGAUACUUCAUAUUCAUCGAAGGUGGACUUAUCGACUAUGGAAAUCACGCGAAUAACCCAAGCAUCGCUUUGGACGAAGUCUUAGAAUUUGAUAAAGCUAUUCAACUGGCGCGCGCUAUGACCGAUCCAGCAGAAACGUUGAUUGUGGUUUCGGCAGAUCAUGGGCACCCGCUAAGUAUAGCUGGGUAUCCGGAAAGAGGCAACAAUAUAUUGGGAUUAAAUGAUAUGGGUAAGGAUUCGAUGGGAGUACCCUAUGCGACACUGAAUUAUGCAGUAGGUCCUGAGCAAUACCAGAAUGCGGACCUAAGCAGAAUGGAUUUGACGGGGAAAAUAGGAAAAGCAGAUUUCAUUUCCCCCAGCUACAUAAAUAAAGAUGUGGGCGUUCAUAGUGGUGAUGAUGUGGGCGUGUACGCAUCCGGUCCAUGGGAACAUCUCUUUCGUGGUGUCAUGCAACAAAAUCUCCUACCCCACAUGAUGGCCUACGCGAGCUGUAUGGGUACUGGGCCGAAAAUGUGUGAUAAAUCGAAGGCUUAGAGAAAAAGAGGCUUUAUUCUUUUAAUAAAAUGUAUUAGUCAUAAGUGCUAACGUAUCAAUACAGAAAAUUAAAAAGUCAGAUAUAAAAGUCCCACUUAUUGAAGGCAUCACUAAAAGAAAAUGACGUAGUUUCUUUUAUUUCGAAGUUCAUAUUGUAUUUUAUCAAUUGAUUUUUUUUUUAGAAAAAAAGUUCCUCUUUCGAUAAACGUGAAAACAAAAUAUUAAUACAAAUUAUGAUCUCCUCAACUUUUGAACUUAUUCUGAUGUAAAAAAUGUUAAUCCAUUCGCAUUCGGUCUACCUUGAAAUUUAUAUCAACAAACUUGAGUGAAUGUCAAAUAUGAAGGUGGUUAUCAAUGUAUAUUAAUAUAAUUUUAUUGUAAAGAUUUAUACUUCACUCACUCAUGUAAAUAUUUUCGCAUAUUUCAACUUCUGUUUUCUGGCAAUUACGUAUUCACUUGAUUAAAUAUAAAUUUACCGAAGAUUCCUCACACCCUAAAGGGUGUUUGUUUAGA